AUGAUUUUUGAGUGCAUCGAAAAUUCUCUCCCGUUAAAAAACACAUACAGUAAUAUUAGUACAAGGAGUGUUUUAGCUGUAGCUCUUGAUAAUCGAUCGAAGAAAAUUCUGAACAAACUAUUUUCCGAAGAAAAAGAUUACUUCGAAUGGGACUGUGUCUUGGAUUUACGGGUUUCGUUAAUGGAAACGGAGAGAAUAUUUGCAUUUAUGUUAGAGUUAGAAGAGUUUAAAUUAGAUGUUCCAAAUUCGGACGGUCAGUUGCUGAUACAUUUUGCAUCUGAGUACCGCCUAAUUAAGACUUUAAGUUUAUUAAUCCUUAAUGGUGUGAAACUGGACAUUCCGGAUAGAAGCGGUCGGCUACCGAUUCAUUAUGCUUGUGGCGAUGCAGAUGUAGAGACAGUAGAAUUCCUGCUAAAGAUUGGUGCGGAAAUCAAUGCUCCGGAUAAAGAUGGUCUCUUGCCCAUUCAUUAUGCAUGUAAAAAUUUUCACUACGGUUUUACAAUUAUAAAAUUUUUGAUCGAAAAAGGUGCUAAAGUAGAUUCCCCCGACGCAGAUGGUCGGCUACUGAUUCAUUAUGCUUGUGUCAAUGCCAAAUUAGAAUCAGUUGAAUUCCUGCUAGAGAAUGGUGCGGAAGUCAAUGUUCCGGAUAAAGAUGGUCUACUAGCUAUUCAUUAUGCAUGUAAACACUUUUACUUCGGCUGGAGCAUUAUAUCAUUGCUGAUCGAAAAAGGUGCUAAAGUAGAUUGCCCAGACGCAAAUGGUCGACUGCCGAUUCAUUAUGCUUGUGAACAUGGAUUUGUGACUGAAGUGGAGUCAAUAGUAACUAAUGGAGCCAAAGUGGAUGCUCCGGAUGGAAAUGGUCGGCUGUCCAUGCAUUACGCGUGUUUAAAUGACGCUUAUUGGUACAAAAUUAUACCAUUUUUGAUAGAAAUAGGUGCGAAAGUGGAUUCUCCAGAUGGGGAUGGUCGACUACCCAUUCACUAUGCCUGUGAACAUGGAAAUUUAGAUCUGGUGAAAUUCCUGGUAACGAAUGGUGCGAAAGUGACGGUUCGGGACGGUGAUGGGCAACUGCCGGUGGAUUACGCAAGUAAAAAUGAAAACUUUGCUAAAGAAAUCACUAAAUUUUUGACAGAGCAAAAUGAAAUUCCGUAA